AUGGAAGGGCUAUUCAUAGAACCGUGGAGACCCAGUUCCUGGGCAUCGCCUGCUCCCCUAAUGGAAAGGAAGCAGCUGAGGGCCUUCCUGGCUGCUAAAUCUGACCCCUGGCUCGUCUUCUGGGAGCUAGUGGGCCGUGGCCCAGAGCCCUGCGGUCCCGGGAGCCAGAGAGACAAGUUCCUCAGCUUCUGCCCCAGGACAGAAGGAGGUGCCUCCCUCCCACAGGAGCCCACCUGCGUGCACAGCGCCUGCGCGGAGGACUCAGAAGUGGCUGGAAGCUCCCCACGGCCCGUCGCCAGCUCCCUAGGAGAGCCCGUGCGCAUCCCUGGGCUGGUUGCUCUCAUUCUUUCCAUGAUUCAGGAGAGGCUGGGCGUUGGCAGGGAGGUGCUGCCCGCGGAGACUCCAAGGGCCCGGGAACUCAAGUUCAACGUGGCCAUGCGAGGGUGGGUCCACGUGCCGUCCAGCCGCCUGCGGGUACCGCAGUACCGAGCCGAGCCUCCGUCCUGGCAGCCUCGGGCGCUCUGCCCCCUGCAGGAAGCCUCGCACAGCCUCGCGGCUGCUUUUUCGGAGACUUCAAAAGGCCCGGCGGGCGCCGCGGCCCCUGCACCUAUGAACCGCCCUCCGCGCCCGGAGCCCGUGCUGGAGUCCGAGGACGCAGAGCGGCUGAAGCUCGAGCGCAGGCGGACCCGGCGGGUGGCGCAGCCCAGCGCGCCCAUGCCCCUCCCGGUGCCGCUGCGCUCCGAGCGCCCGCGCCCAGUUUAG